GAUCUUCGAGCAACACCAUCGGGCCUAACUCGAGGAUGACGAUGAGGGCAAUCUUUGCUAUUAUCAUGGCGCAAUACUACUGUUUGACCAUACUAGAGCUCGCUUGCAGCAAGAGCCAUUGCAUUCCGAGAUUUUCGUGGGAAGGCAAUCUUACCAAGAGCAACAAGCAAGUCCAUUGCUACCGCGGUCUGUUGCAACCUCGACGAUAACAAUGGUGGAGUCUGAAAAUAUGGAAGAGGAAGCCACUCGCAGCAACCAGGAGCACGACGAAGCUACCCCUGAAACCGCAUCUAGGUCUUCGAAUGCUUCGACCUUGAGCAAUGAUCAGUUGCAACAGCAACAACAACGCAAAGUGCCCAGUAACAUCAAGACUACCAUGUCGUCGGUGAAGGAUGAAGAGAACGUUGCUGAAGACUACUUUGUCGAUGAACUCGACGAACGUGGGAACAUGGACGACAACAGUUUGGACUCGGAGUUUGAAGCAUACGUAGCAGCGUAUCGGGCCCGCAAAAGGGGGCACCGUUUGAAGAAGCUUCGUCCAACCAGCAACUGUUCCGGUGUGCUUCAAUUGGUCCUCGUGGGCUUGCUGGUGCAGCUUUUGACGAUCGCCUGCUUGGUCAUUGUUUACAUGGCCUUGGAAAAGAACGAACACGCACCUGGCCAGUCAAAAGAAACGAGUGCCAAUGCCCACAAUGAUGAUGCCUCCAACAGCUUGACAGAAGUGUCUAUCGUUUUCUUACAGCCCCCGCCACAGAACAUCCAUCGAUUCUGCAGGGAAAACGCAACCCUGGAAGCCUUGCAGACUUGUAGCGAAAUUUGUGAUCGGGCGCAUUGCUGCCACAUCAGUCGAAACGAGCUUGGAUCCUGCUGGGAUGACAAUCUUCACACCUGCAAGCAUUUCAUCCAUUCAUGUUCAAUUCUUGAAACCUUAAAAUCGAAGCCUGACGAUUCUACUGGAGGCCAGCACGACGAUGUUCCAAGCGUGGCUAAAACUACAGUCUUUCCAAAUGCGCAGGUCCUCUGGGAUCGUCCAGAUUACCUACCAUCUGCACCGGACCAUCUUCUCGUAACUUGUCAAGCUGCUUUCGCGUUUGGAUUUGGUGGCCUUCUCGCAGAAGAAUCUUCAGGGGCCAAGCUUACUUGUCAUGAAGUGUGCCAUUCAGCCGCCUGCUGCUGGGAUUCUGCCUUGACCGAACCAGCAGAUCGCUGUUGGACCCAUCCAAACUGUGGGCCUUAUGUUGAAGCAUGCGAGUCCCUGAUGAUGGCCAGAGAUCAACAGUUGCCAGAAAUCGCCGCACAACAAAAGCAAGUCAUUCCAGAGUCCCCUGAUGAUCUAUCUCAAAUUUGUGAUGCCGUUGCCAUCAAGACGAAGCUGAGUGCACUGCUGGCUUGUCAACAGGCAUGUCUGCCAGCGGAAGUGUGUUGGAACGAGGCAAUGGUAGAUCGUCGCGAUGAUUCUCAAGCCACAACAUGCAGCGGCUACGAGGCACCCUGUUCCAUUCUCAGCAUUGCCAUUCCUGAAUCCACCACAAAUCUACUCCAGCAGCUGCAAAAGCUGCAAGCCACAGCUGCAGCCACGCCGACUUUGCCAGAGGCAGCUGAUAGUGAACCCGUCGAAACUGUGCCACCUGCGAGCGAGAUCACUCUUCCUUUCAAUCAGUCGAUUCCUUCAUCCUAUUCACCGGAGACGAUACGUGAUGCUUGUUUCAACCAUGACAAUAGUGUCAACAUACACGAGGGGCAGAAGACUCUCUGUCAACAGGCGUGCCAGGCCGGAUCUUGUUGCUUCUACGAAGACUACGCUGUGAGUCACGACUCUCCAAUGUGCCCUUCGUACCUACCAGACAACUUUUGUGCCAAGUACACUCCGUGCGAGUCUAUCUUUGCACAUGCUCGCCACAGUGGUACCAAACAAAAAGUUCGGGAAGUCUGCACAAAUCUACACGACUUGUCGCAAUGUGUGUCUGUUUGUGCCGAGGCAACAUGCUGUUUCACCAAUGAUCCAUGGGAAGUCUGCGCCGUCACCAAUCCAGAUGUUGUGUGCUCGGAUUAUCACACUUGUGAAGUCCUUUACAGUGGGGCCGACGAUGUAGCUCAGCAAUCUACUUUUCGCAAGCACGACGGAAUGCGACGUCAUCGUCGUAGUCUUCUUCGAUUGGUGUCCAAAUAGAAGCCCUGGCGUGGUGGCAUGUUUGUAUCGAAUCAGAUUUGUAUUUUCUUUGUAUGUUUCUGUGGCGUACUAUAUGCUCCAGAGCCAUCUGUGGCGGCCCUGGGAUCAAGUUGUUGGGUGGGUAGUUGCAUACGUGGGGAAGGAGAAGGUGCCGGAGCUAUACCAGGUACAACCGGUGCGCUACAAAAUGGGAAUAGAUCAAUGUUGAAGUUGCGGGCGCCGUACAAAGGCUAUGUCAAAACAAGGGAUGAAUGUGUGUUUGGUUGGCAAAAGCUUGGACCGUAGUUUUGCAUAGGACUGAAUAAUUGUAAACAGAAACAAAAACGUGUUC